GCGGGGGCAGGGGGCAAGGCUGUGGGGCCGGGGUGUGUGGGGAUGGGCCCCCGGCGGCUGCCGCGUGUCCUGCUCCCUGCGGUGGCCUUUCUCGGCCUCCUCUUCCUCUCCGGCCUCCGGCUCCCAGAGGUGCAGCUCUCGGCCUGCGUUCGGGGCGGGUGGCCCUGCGGCUGGCUUGGGGGCAGAGGGGCGACGGCCCCCCCUGAACAGGAUGGGAAGCCGCCUCAUCUCUCCCCGACAAGCGGCUCCCGCCUGCCCCUUCCCAGGCACGGGACCCCCCCUCCGCCCCGGGCCCCCCGCUGCCCGGGCCAAGGCUUCCAGAUCAGCAACCUCCUGGCAGCCUUCAGGGCCUGUGUGACUCCGGAGGGAGAAAUCCUGCUGCAGGAGUAUCUGGCCGGCUGGAAAGAACUGAUCAAACUGAUAGACACUCUCGGGGCCGCGUUCGGGCUCCUGGCCCGGGAGACGCAGACGAAGAUGGAGAUCCUGGAGGGGCACCGCUCGGGGCCGCACGCCCCUCACUACCGCACCCUGCAGGCCAUGGUGGCCUUCGAGCUGCGGCGGGGCCGGGUGGGGCUCCGGGUGCUGCCCCCGGACCAGCCCCCCUCGGGGAGCCGGACCCUGCUGCGCCUCCACCGGGCCCUCAAGUGGCUGGAGCUGUUCCUGGGGAAGCUGGGCCGCAGUGGGGCAGAGGACGACCCCUCCCAGCUGUGCGCCGAGGCCUACCAGGCGGCCCUGGCCCAGUACCACAGCUGGUGGGUGCAGCAGGCAGCCGGGCUGGCUUUCCUGGCCCUGCCCUCGCGCCGGGAGCUGUACGGGCUCGUCUGCGCCGAGGGGGAGCGGGAGGCCCAGGCCGUGCUGCUGGAGGCUGUCGGCACCAUCGCCGGGGUGUAUAACGUCACCCAGCAGCUGUACGCCGCCUGCGGCCUGUUGGAGCUGCCCUGAGCGGCCGCCGGGGGGCGACGGAGAGGACAAGUUGGAGGGCACCGGGGGCGCCGGGUCUGUUCAGCCUUAGGACGGGGACUGGCUGGCUCAGGGGGGCAGGGAAUGGGGCAGGGGCCUGUCCCCUCUAGGGGGCACCGGCUCCCACCC